CCCAAGGACAAUUUACUCUCUCAACUGUGUCAACACGGCUGCUAAACAAUAUACAUUCAAAUAUUUACCGAAGCCUCGUAAUACUAAAUCCAAUUGGAAACAAUACGGAUCCGUCAAGGUGUGUCUUCUUUCACAACCGGAAGCGCUGCAGUGUGUGAAUGUGUGUUAACACGUCAGUACGGAUGAACUCAUGAAUGAAGCAGGCCGAGAAGUUUCAGCUCAGAAACACUCGGGAUUUGUCCGGAUCCUGGAUGUUAAUUGUUUAAUCCCUGUCCGAAGGCUUCAUCGAUACAUGUUCGGCGCAGGAGCUCGUCUGGAGAAGUCUCUCAGCGGCCGUUUUAGGGAGUUUUGAAGCGAAGCGGCGGCUUCUGCUGCUGGAAAAUGCCUCUGUUUCCAUGGAGUUUGUGUUGGUGUGCGGCGCUGUGUGUUCUGCCGUCUGUGCUCGCGGACGCUGAAGACGCUUCACUGCUGGGCGGAUGGCAGGACGUUUGGCUCUUCCGCUUGUUCCUCAAUGUUUUGGGCUACGCCACCAUCAUUAUCCCAGGAUAUUUUCUCAUCAGCUACUUCAAGCGAAUCAACUAUUUAGAAACAGGUCGUGGCCUUUGUUUUCCCGUCAUAAAGACGUGUGUGUUUGGGAAUGAAUCUAAGACUGGACUGCUGGAUGAUGCUUCAUCGGCAGCCAGAAAUGAGUCUGAAUCCAGUUCAUCUGCUCGACAGGCCGUCAAACUCAUCUUCUGUGCUGCUGGACUCCAGGUGUCGUACCUGACGUGGGGCGUUCUGCAGGAGCGCGUGAUGACGCGCUCGUACGGUGCGACCGAGGCGGAAGGCAGCGGCGAGCGCUUCAAAGACUCCCAGUUUCUGGUGUUCAUGAACCGGAUCCUGGCCCUGACGGUGUCCGGUCUGUGGUGCCUCCUGUUCAAACAGCCCCGCCACGGUGCGCCCAUGUACAAGUACUCCUUCGCUUCACUCUCCAACAUCCUCAGCAGCUGGUGCCAGUAUGAAGCACUCAAAUACAUCAGCUUUCCCACACAGGUUUUGGCGAAGGCCUCGAAGGUGAUUCCCGUGAUGCUGAUGGGCAAGAUCGUGUCUCGCAAGAGCUACGAGUAUUGGGAGUACUUCACGGCCGUCCUGAUCUCGGUGGGAGUCAGCAUGUUCCUGCUGUCCAGCUCCACGGCCAAACACCCGUCCACCGUCACCACCUUCUCGGGCGUCAUCAUCCUCGGCGGCUACAUCGUCUUCGACAGCUUCACCUCCAACUGGCAGGACAACCUGUUCAAGUACAAGAUGUCGUCGGUGCAGAUGAUGUUCGGCGUCAACCUCUUCUCGUGUCUCUUCACGGUGGGCUCUCUGCUGGAACAGGGCGCCUUUUUCGAAUCGCUGGCCUUCAUGACGCGCCACUCCGAGUUCGCCUUCCACGCCGUGCUGCUGUCGGUGUGCUCGGCCUGCGGUCAGCUCUUCAUCUUCUACACCAUCUCGCAGUUCGGCGCCGCCGUCUUCACCAUCAUCAUGACUCUGCGGCAAGCCAUCGCCAUCCUCCUGUCCUGCUUCCUCUACGGUCACGCCGUCACCCUGGUGGGCGGCCUGGGCGUGGCCGUGGUCUUCCUCGCCCUCUUCCUCCGCAUCUACGCCCGCAGCCGCGUCAAGAAGAGCGGCAAGCGGGCCGCGCAGACGCCCGUCCAGAAGGUUUAAUCGAGCGCUCGUUCGGAUGUGUACAGGAGCCACAUUUUCGUGGUUUAUUUGUCUUUUUGUUCGCUGCAAAACUGUGGGUUUGUAUUGCAGAGGGUCGGACGGUACAGAAAGGGAUUAUUCUUCAUUUUAAAGGGAUCUCGUGCGAGCUGUGCGUUUUUGUGUGCGAGAAAUGACCUCACAAGCCAUUGAGUGAACACGGACUUUGAUAGCCUUUGAUAUCUUUGUACUGAAACACGUUCAGUUUUUCUAUUUAACAUUUGCUUUUGGAAGGAAAAUCAAAUGUGGUUGUGGUGGAGAGGAAUUAGGAGUGUUAGUUUACCCAUCGUUCUGUUCGCAUCAUAUCUGGGUCAUAUUUCACUCCAAAAUACAAAGGAAAACAUGAAAUUAAUAAUAAAACACAAUAAGAAAUAGAAAAGACCAUGUGGACAUUAUUUUCAGCAAAACUGAACAUAAAUGUGUUAUAAUACAAUAAUAAAAUAUUGAUGAAAUUCAAUGAAUUGAAAAAGAAUGAAAAUUAAGCAUAUUUUCUGCCCAAAUCCACUUUAUUAUUAUAUUUUAUUAGUAUUAUAAUACAAUAAUAAAAUAUUAUAAUAAUAAUAAAGUGUAACAAGAAAUAAGAUAAUGUUGGUUUUUUUCAAAGAACCUUUAAAUUGAACAUAAAUGCGCUUUUUUUUAAAAAAAAAAAUCAGUUUUUAAAUGUUAGUGCUA